GGUUAUUCAUCGUAUAUAUAAUCUAGAUAGAAAGACGCAGAUUGAUCUAUCAUUCUUUCUUCAGACUAUCAGAUUUAAAUAUACAUAUCCUCAUAAAAUUAAACCCUAUAUCCAUAUAUACAUGGGCAGAUUAUUAAGCUCUUAUUUUCUGGCAUUAGUCAUCUCCAAAAUUCUUCUUUUUUCGCAAUACUGUCUUCUCUUGCAAUCGGCCGAUUCCUCCGCAGAUGAUAUUCUUUAUGGAGUAUACAACCAAUGCACUCCGGGUAACUACUCUGCCGGCUCGCCUUACGAGUCCGAUCUCAACUCGCUCUUCGCUUCCAUAGUCAACUCAGCCGCCAUCUCGUCCUACAACAACUUCACCACUGCAGGAUCUGUCAGUGGCCAAAGGUCGGGUUAUGCGGCCCACGGCCUCUACCAAUGCCGAGGCGAUUUGUCACUGCUAGACUGCGCCGCCUGCGUGGCCGGCGUUGUGAAAAAGUUUGCCGGAAUCUGCCCCCAGACGACCGGAGGGGUCAUACUAGUAGUUGGGUGCCUUGUGAAGUACGACUGUACGAACUUCAUCGGCGUGGAGAACAAGACAGUGGCGUUCAAGCAAUGCGGGAGGUCCGACCCGGCCGUGGCGAACACGGUCGAUGCCGUUUUGAAGGGCCUGAGUGGGCCCGUCGGGGUGACUAAAUUGAAUGCGGAGUAUGAGGUGAUUGGGAUGUCGCAGUGCGUGGGUGAUCUGAGCGUGGAAAUGUGUGAGGAUUGUUUGGGGGAGGCGAUCCAACAGCUGAGAACAACGUGCAGUGGGGCGGUUUCCGGCGAGAUGUUCUUGGGCAAAUGUUAUGCUAGGUACAUGAUUGGUCAAUCCAGGCACGAACCACACAAUAAACAUGUGAAGAGAGUGAUCAUAAUCGUGCUUUCAGUUAUAGCCUCAAUUGUGGCGUUGGUGCUUUUGGGAUUCCUCAUAUAUUAUUUGUACAAUUGGACUUUGCCUUUGCGCUUAGCGAACCGCCUCAAAGGUAUUUGGAACAAAGGCACUAAGUAAUGGCGAGGCUUAGCUUAUGCCAUUUGGAACUCAGCCGUAUGUCCGCAAUGCAGUACUACACAUUGAUUUCAAGCAUUUGCUUAAAUUAGACUCAAUUCCAAAACCAUACUUCGAAGGUUCUCAUUUGAAGAAAUAGCAUUUUGAAGGUUCUCAUUUGAAGAAAUAGCAUGAUUUUUAGGUGACUAAUUAUGUUAGAGCAAAAGAUGUUUAUGAACAAUGUUCUCACAAAAAGAGAAUCAUAAUAAGUAGUGGUGCACUCUAGUCUAGGGGAACUAAUGCUAUAUUUUAGUCACACAUUUCACAAACAGUGGAUCACAUUAUGAGUAUUGUGUAACUAGAAUGAGUUUAUUUUGCAAAUUCACAUUAAUAAAAGUAGCCAAAUAAAUUAUGUUAUUGAGUGAAUAUAUAUAUAUAUAGGGG